GCCCACGACGCGGAAGUUACCCAGCUGGGGUUGACGCUCCAGAAACACACGUUGAGAUGAGAACGACGUUAUUCCUGCUGCACGCCAUCUCAUGCUGCUGGCUGGUCAGUGCCACACUCUCCAAAACUGAUGCAAAGAAGUCGCAUAAAGCUGAGGCCGAGACAUCUCCAACCGAGCUGUCAGUGUUGGAGAGAGGCCUCGUUGUGUCAGACCCGCAAUGGAAAGACAUAGUGAAGGAGGAGAAGAGGCACUGUGCUCACAUCAAGAAGACGUUUCAGGGACAAGUGCUCGGAUAUGUCACACCUUGGAACUCCCACGGCUACGAUAUCGCCAAAACGUUUGGCUCUAAACUAACUUCAGUGUCUCCAGUGUGGCUUCAGCUCCGCCGACGGGGACCUGAAACGUUUGACGUUACUGGACUCCACGAUCACGACCCAGGCUGGGUCAAAGCUGUACGCAAGUCUAACAAAAAAAUUAGGAUGGUUCCUCGGCUGCUGUUCGACGGCUGGUCCUACCAGGACUACAUGACUGUGCUGGGAAGCGAAGAUGAAAUUGAGGAGCUGGGGAGUGAGCUGAUCGAUGUUGCAAAGACUGAAGGAUUCGAUGGCUUCACCUUCGAGCUGUGGAGCCAGCUGGGAGGAAACAAACGGAAGGAGCUCGUCCAUUUGGUGAAACACAUAUGCGAGACUUUAAAGGCUAAAAGACUCGACUGCAUUCUUGUCAUUCCUCCUGCUGUGACAAGUACGGGGCAGCCGGGUAUGUUUGGCAGGGAGGAGUUCGAGCAGUUGGCCCCUGUAGUGGAUGGAUUCAGCCUCAUGACAUACGACUACUCCAGCGGAGCCAGGCCGGGCCCGAGCUCCCCCCUGCCCUGGGUGAGGGACUGUGUUCUCCAGCUCGCACCCGAUGCUCAGUGGAGGCAGAAGAUCCUGCUGGGACUCAAUUUGUACGGCCUUGAUUUUGCAAGCCAGGGAACCGAGCCAAUCCUGGGAGGAAGGUACAUUGAGAUUUUGCGCGAACACAGGCCGAAACACCUCUGGGAUGAAUAUUCUGGAGAGCACUAUUUCAGUUACAAGAGGAACAAUGCGGUUAAACAUGUGGUGUACUAUCCGUCGUUGAAGUCAAUCUACCUGAGGAUCUCUUUAGCUACUGAACUGGGGACAGGGAUUUCCUUAUGGGAACUGGGACAAGGACUGGAUUAUUUCUAUGAUCUUCUAUGAGAGCUGGACUUGAUGGUGAAGACCGUGGACCCCGAAUCAUCAGCACAUGGAUUUCUUCUUUUUCCCUGAGCACAGUGCGCCAGAAAUUGUUGUUUUGUUUCUGAAUGAGUGAAAGGGAAUGUUGAAACAAGCCAUUGACAGGAUUUGGUUAAUACUCAAUGAGUUUGCAGGUUGAGAACAAUGAUAGGAACAGCAGACGAAAGGCUGUGUUCCUUUCUGUGAAUGAUAUUGUGUAAAAUUUCAGUUUGUACAGUUCAGUCACACAUCUCCAUUCAGCAACAGAUGGUGCAUGAUCAUCAAUAUGUAAUGAAGUUUGAAUUGAAGGGGUGUAUUCCUAUUCUGAGGCCUUCAGAGUUCACGUGCCACAAACAUCAGCAGCAUCCUCUCAGUACAAAUCAAGAAAUCUUCUGUUUUGCCCACAAACACUUCUGCUCUCGGGUGGGAAGAUGCAUUCUUCUCUUACUUCGACCCUCCUCAAAAACUGCAUCAGCCCCCGACACCUGAAGUUUUCCCUUUUUCAUUUUUAAAUUUUCAACCUGAGACAUUUGAUUGUGUGAUUUUUAUUAUUUUGUAUCGACAGCAUCAACAAGUAACAAAGUUGUAUUUACAGUGUUGUCAAACACCUGUUCUGACACAGCAUCUUCCAGUGUUUGUCUGAGAUGAAUGUUAGUUUAAUUACAUGAAUAUAAAUGUGGUACAACAAAGUCG